UCUUCGAGUCAAUGCCCUACAACCUUGAUCCAGCCACAGGACUGAUCGACUACGACCAGUUGGAGGUGACGGCGCGGCUCUUCCGUCCUCGUCUUAUCAUCGCCGGCACCAGUGCGUACGCCCGCCUCAUCGACUACGCUCGCAUGAAGAAGGUGUGCGAGGAGGUGAAGGCGUACCUGCUGGCGGACAUGGCGCACAUCAGCGGGCUGGUGGCAGCCAAGGCCAUCCCCUCGCCCUUCGAGCACGCCGACCUGGUCACCAGCACCACGCACAAGACCCUGCGUGGCGCCAGGUCGGGACUGAUCUUCUACCGCAAGGGCGUGCGCUCGGUGGAUAAGAAGACGGGCAAGGAGAUGCUCUAUGACCUGGAGGACAAAAUCAACUUUGCCGUCUUCCCCUCCCUACAAGGUGCCUGGAUCUGCUAA